UCCGUCCAGCACGUCUCCCACCUAUUAUCGAAACCCGUUUUCUUUCUGUUGUCCCUUCCCACCAUGGCUUCAAUCGCUCGUUGCGUCAGGGCUGCCCGCCCCUCUGUUCUGUCCACCAUCUCCAAGCCCAUUGCCGCGACAUCCCGACCAGUCUUUUACCGUCCCACGCAGCGAUGCUUCUCCGCGACUCCUAUCUCUGAGGUCCGAAAAUACACCAAGGACCACGAGUGGAUCGACCUCCACGCCGACAACAAGACGGCGGUGAUCGGCAUCUCCGAGUACGCGGCCGAGGCGCUGGGCGACGUGGUCUACGUCGAGCUGCCGGAGGAGGGCGCCACGGUGGCGCAGGGCGACUCGAUCGGCGCGGUCGAGUCGGUCAAGAGCGCGUCCGACAUCAACGCCCCCGUCAGCCUGCGCAUCGUGCAGUCCAACGUCGAGCUCGAGGAGAAGCCGGCCAAGAUCAACCGCGUGCCCGAGGACGACGCCGCCGGCGGUGGCUGGCUGGCCCGCGUCGAGGUGGACGAGCAGGGUCUCAAGGAGUUUGAGGGGCUGUUGGACCUCGAGGCUUACAAGGAGUUCACCGCUACCUUGCACGAGUAGAUGCGAUAAGGAAGGCAUUCCCAUUUUCGGAUGGGGGCGCCAUCAUUCGGCGGGAUGUUCUCUUUAAAAGUCCGAAUCAAUUUGGGUCGAGACCGGGGGAAUGGAUGCAGCCGUAUAGCGUAUGGUGGAGGAUGGAAGUGACGAGUUCAACCUGGUUCCAUUGUUCAUUACGCCUUCGGGCCCCGCAUGCCAAAGGGAGAUGCAGCGGACUGUCCCCAACCAGAGCCGCACAUGUUGGCGUCGGGGGUUUUGCACUGGGUUUCGGCUUUCAACGGCAGGCUAAGUAUAAUAUACAAGAGGGGCGAACGGAGAAAAUGACCGAGAAAAGAAAAAAAAGAAGCAAAACAUGCAAAGAUCAAAUGCAAAGCAAUUCCGAGCCAUUUUUCCAGGGC